AUGGCGGCAUUAAAGGUAGCCUCAGCGAAGGCGUCCACCUCGGCCCUUCCCAACGGCACAAGCCCCAAGAAGACACCCACCAAGCUUUCCAAGUCGCCAAAGACGACCAAGGUCAACGGCACUGAUACCAACGCAGAAGCCUCCGCCUCAACGUCAGCAAGCGUCUCCUCCACUGUGCUUACGGGCAAGUACAUCGACUCGUUGACGAAGCACAACAGCGCCUUCACCUCGCUCCUCCACCUCAUCCCACCGCAGUUCUACCUCACACGCGAUGACGCCGACGACCUCGCAGAGGACGGCGCUUCGUCCAAGUACAUGAAGAACAAGCGCAAGAAGGCCAAGUCAGAGAUCGAGGCGAAAGAGCGCAAGGACAAGCUGCGCGAGGCAAAGAAGCAAAGGCUCGACCCAGACAACUUUGCCACUGUCACCGACAUCCAAGCUGAACGCGCUGCGGCCAAGGCAGCUCGCGAGGCAGCAGAAGCCGAUUCGGAUCUGGAUAUGGACAUUGAGGGCAUGGUGUCUGCCGACGAUGAUGAUGAGGACGACGAAAUCAGAGGCGGGCCGAACGGCGCAGCAGGUGACACUGAUGAUGACAUGCAAGAUUCCGAUGAGGAAGACCUUCCACCCAAGCCUUCCACCCAAGCUACCGAUGCUGCCAAGAGUCCUGCUAUCAAGAACGUCCAGACGGAAGGCGAGCGCAAAGCGUCGAUCGACGCGCUACGUGCCAAGCUGCACGCCAAGAUCGCAGGGCUUCAACGAAAGCGAGGCCUCCCGACAGACGCCACCGACGAUGCAUCGGAAGACGGAAGCAGUGUCAUCAGCUCCAAGGACGAACUCCUGGAAGAGCGUCGCAGACAGCGAUUCGACGCACGCGAACGCAAGAAGCAAGAGAAGAAGGAUGCCAGGGCGGCAGCCAAGGCCAACAUUAAGGCGAAGCGCGCUGGCAUUGACAACGCCCCCAACGGGCAGAAGUCGAGCAACACGUUCAAUGUUGCCACCAAGGCACCGGCGCUCCUUGUGGCUGAGCCGGGGUAUGGCGACCAGCGCAACGGCGCUGCUGGUGCAGGCGCGUCCAGCAUUGAUGUCAACGGCAGCUCGCUCAACUUUUCAUCUCUCGACUUCAAGCCUGUGGGUGCGUCAGGAGCAAACAUUCCUGACUCGUCAGCUUCCGGCAAGAAGAACAGGCUUGCGCUGCCAUCCGACCCCAAGGCCGCGCUUCAGGUCCUCGAAAGCCGAAAGAGGCAGGAAGAGGCCCGACGCGCCAAGCUGACCGCCAAGAUGGGCGACGCACCCGAUGCGCUCUCUGCCAAAGUGUCCGAGCUGGACGAGCAGAAGCAGUGGGACAAGGUGCUCGCCUCGGCGACGGGUGUCAAGAUCCGCGACGACGAGAAGCUGCUCAAGAAGGCGGUCAAGCGCAAGGACAAGCAAAAGGAAAAGUCGAGCAAAGCGUGGAACGAGAGGCAACAGCAGGAGACACAGAAGCAGGCCGACCGCCAGAAGAAGCGCCAGGACAACAUUGCAGCUCGUAAGGCGGCUAAGGGUGGCAAGAACGGCAACAAGAAGGGAUCAUCGUCGACGCUGUCCAAGUCCAAGACGCCUGUGGGGAAGAAGCCCUCCUUUGGAAAGGCAAGACCCGGCUUCGAGGGCAAGAAGAUCGGAAGGUCAAAGAAGUGA